AUGAGGCACUGUAAGAACAACAACUCCCCUUGUGAUUCCCGGACUGGAGAGUGUGUUGGAGGAUGUAAACCUGGAUGGAUCAAUACGACCUGUACUCAACAAUGUAACGAUGGAAAAUAUGGUAUGAACUGUAAUGCUACUUGUGGAGAAUGUGCAAACGAAAUAUGCGACAGAGUUACUGGGAAUUGCACAGACGGUUGUAGUGAUGGAUUUGAAGGGCACCUGUGCAAGGAACUUGAACGUGUUGUUAAAACUCAAAAUGGCCAGACCAAUGGUGCGCAACAUGAUUACGUAAACUCGUCACAUCCGGCAGAACGCAGCGAGGAGAAUGACAAUCAUUAUGACAGGCUGGAUGUUGCUGUUAUUGGUGAAGGAUCUCCGUACAGUACGAUAGAGGUCUAA